AUGCCUCUGGUCUCGGGAGCAACCAAUCUACGCCGGACCCUCGAGGACCCUAAUGGCUUCGUUGUCGCCCCCGGUGUAUAUGACGGAUUAUCUGCGCGGAUGGCGCUCGCCGCGGGAUUUGAAGCGCUGUAUAUGACCGGCGCUGGCACUGCGGCCUCCGUCCAUGGCCAAGCGGACCUGGGCGUCUGCACGCUGAACGACAUGCGCGCCAACGCAGAGACCAUCGCCAACCUCUCGCCAAGCACGCCGCUCAUCGCCGAUGCCGACACGGGCUACGGCGGCCCGAUCAUGGUCGCCCGCACGACCGAGCAGUACGUGCGGGCCGGCGUGGCCGGCUUCCACAUCGAAGACCAAGUCCAGACCAAGCGAUGCGGGCACCUCGGCGGCAAGCAACUCGUCGACACGGCGACUUUCACGACGCGCAUCCGGGCGGCAGUACAGGCGCGGCAGCGUCUGGGAAGUGACAUCGUGGUGAUCGCGCGGACGGACGCGCUGCAGGCCCACGGGUACGAUGAGAGUCUGGCGAGGCUGCGGGCGGCGCGGGACGCGGGCGCAGAUGUUGGAUUCCUGGAGGGCAUCUCGUCGCGGGAGAUGGCGGCCCAGGCGACGGCCGACCUGAAGCCGUGGCCACUGCUACUGAAUAUGGUUGAGCAUGGGUCGACGCCGAGUCUUUCGGCGGCGGAGGCGCGGGAGUUGGGCUUCCGCAUGAUUAUCUACCCGUUUGCGACGAUUGGCCCGGCACUCACGGCGAUGCGGGAGGGCCUGGAGAAGUUGCGGCGAACGGGUUUGCCUGGGCUGGAUCCGGAGUUGACGCCUCAGAUGCUGUUUCGUGUGUGCGGGCUGGAUGAGAGCAUGCAGGUCGAUGCGGAGGCUGGAGGUGAGGCCUUCGAUGGCGGCGUGGACUUGCGCAAGUGA